AAAUGCAACCUUUGACCCUUCUCUUACUACCCGGAACAACAACAGAGUUUAGCGUCUCCUACUUUAAAAUAUAAUAAGUUACAUCUUCUAUACAACGUUUUGUUUAAUAUGAACAAAAACAUUGGGCUUGACUUUAGUACUGUGUAAAUACAGCUCUUCUUUAUGGGUUCAGCUGCUCAUAUAAGAGAUUUCAUACAUGAUAAUGGACCGCUGAUCCUGGACGGUGGGUUAGCAACUGAUCUAGAGGCGCAUGGAGCCAAACUGCAGGGAGAUCCUUUGUGGAGUGCCAGGCUUUUGCACACUAAUCCCCAGGCCAUAAAAGAUGCUCAUUACAGGUUUCUCCUCAGUGGUGCUGAUAUUAUUACAACAGCCACAUACCAGGCGAGUAUCCCAGGAUUCAUCCGCCACCUGAGCGUUGACUCUGAACGCGCCAGAGAACUGGUGAUGUCCGGAGUUCAUCUCGCCAAAGAGAUGGUCAAGACAUUUGACUCUGGACAGACAUGUCCCUUGGUAGCAGCUUCAGUGGGACCAUAUGGGGCCUUUCUGCACGAUGGUUCAGAGUACACUGGGACUUAUGCGGAGGAGAUGAGUGUUGAAGAGCUUAAAGAGUGGCAUCGGCCACAUGUCAGCUGUUUAGAAGCAGCAGGAGCUGACCUCAUUGCUUUUGAAACAGUUCCGAGUAUCAAAGAAGCAGAGGCUGUGGUGGAGCUGCUGAGGGAGCUGCCAAACUUUAACGCCUGGCUCUCCUUCUCCUGCAAGGAUGACAAGCACAUUUCAGACGGCAGCUCGUUCAUGGACGCCGUGAAGAUUGCCAGUAAAUGCCCGCAGCUGUUUGCUGUAGGAGUUAACUGCUGUCCACCAGCUGUGGUGGAGCCGCUGCUGGACUCUGCCAGGUCACUGCUGAGGCCAGACAUGAGCUGGGUGGUGUACCCUAACAGUGGAGAGGAGUGGGACACUGAGCAGGGGUGGCAAACAUCAGGGAAAACCUCGGGAUGGAAUCCAGACCUAAGUCACAGAUGGCUGAAGCAGGGUGCUGCUCUAAUAGGUGGAUGCUGCCGGAUUGGUCCUGCUCACAUCGCAGAGUUAAGGCAGCAGUUAAAAGGAGCGUCUCCUGCAGAACAGUCCUAAAAUGAGACUGUUGCAUAGCUCUGUGCUAGACCUGUGGAUAGUACACACACACACACACACACAGCAGAAAGGUCCACAUACUUUGUAAUUACACAUAAAUGCACAAGUUUGAGUCCCAUCUUUACCAUGACUGCAUCAAAACAAUACCUCUAAUUAAUUAUUUGCAUAUAAAGACAGAGUUUGAAUAAUAAAUUAAAGGACAUGAUAGCAAAAACAAUAAGAGAAAAAGUUUUGCUGUAAGUUAAAUUGAGUGAUGAAAUGGAAGUGUGUUUUAUUUGUUGGUCUUGCUUCUAGACCUGUUAACAGAAUAAAAUCUGUAUUGAAACAGAUAAAUAAAAAACUGCCUUCUGGUUUAAAA